AUGUCGCGUUUGGAAAGAUUGGUCAUCUUACUUGAAACAGGGUCGACUCAAUUCAUCCGAAACACCGCUGCGGAUCAGUUAUCCGAUCUCGCAAAGGGCCAUCCCGAAGAGAUUCUCAAUCUAUUGGGUCGUGUGUACCCCUAUCUUAAGAAUAAGAAAUGGGAAACGAGAGUUGCCGCCGCGAGGGCGUUUGGGGGAAUUGUCAACCACUCCGAGCUCUGGGAUCCCAACGCUAACGAGACUAAUGAAACAACCACAGAACCAGACAUCAAACCCAAAAUAGAGGAACUUGACGUAGACAUGCCCGACUACGAUGCGAUCAAGAAAGAAGAGGAGGAGGAUCUAAAGUUCCAGAAGGAGGAGCUAGAACUCUUUGACAACGACUCGCACUUGGUAGCCUUCAGCCAAUGGGAACUACAGGAGAUCUUGAAAAGCGGUAAGAAGUUGCUUGCCAACGGUGGCGCCGACUACGACGAACUCGAUUCGCAGAUUGGCGACCCGCUAGAGCGAUUAAAGAGACAGAAAAACAAUAUCAACGCCCGGUUGGGCAUGGGUAUUGGUAUUGACGCCGAUAUCCUUGAAACCGCUGACACCGAUGUCAAGCCAGUUGUCAAGGCCGAAGUGGCAUCAAUUCCGUCCCCAACCCUGGCCCCGGCGUCGCCCGUCGAAUCCGACACUCCCAUGAGCAAGUCCUCCAGUGCUAGGCUCAAGGCUAUGGCGAGAAGAAAGGCCAAGAUAGAUGCCAAGAACCAGAGCCACACCAUCAGACCGGUCGAUCUUUCCCAGUCUUCAGUGUCGCGCCAGUUGGUUCACGAAGGUGUCACCGACACCGCCUCCCCUUCUUCCACCCCCAACAUCGACAUCACCUCACAGCAAGGGGGGGAAAAGUUGGUUGUCGAGCACAAAACACCGGAGGUUCCGCCAUUACUUGCCCACCACGCAAAGGUUGCGGGGUUUGUGUGGCCAUUCCAGGGUGUCUACGAGCUUCUCAUUCUUGAUUUGUUCUCGGAAGCCUGGGAGAUCAGACACGGGGCAGCGCUAGGUCUCCGAGAAUUGAUGCGAACCCAGGGUAAGGGCGCCGGGAGAAUCAAGACCGCCACCAAGGCUCAAAACGACGUGAAAAACAGCAAAACGUUAGAGGACUUGGCAGUCAGAAUCUGUACCCUUUUUGCGCUUGACAGAUUCGGGGAUUACGUCUCGGAUACGGUUGUGGCGCCGGUGAGGGAAUCCUCAGCCCAGACCCUUGCGGCCUUACUCAUUCAUCUCUCUGAUGAGGUUGUGUUGCGCACCUUCGAUGCCCUCACCAAGCUAGUCUUGCAGAACCCGGAAAAACUUGGGUUGCAGGUUCCUUGCUGGGAGGCUAGUCACGGGGGGAUGCUCGGGCUACGCUACUUUGUGAGUGUACGCACGGAUAUUUUGUUCCACCGCCCGGAACUCUUUGAUAAGGUGGUGCAGAUUGUGCUACACGGGCUUCAGGAGAGCGACGACGACGUACAGGCGGUUGCUGCUUCCACUCUCACGCCGAUUGCUGCUGACUUUGUCAAGCUCAAGGGCAGCGUCAUCCAGACGAUUAUCUCCGCCAUCUGGGACUGUCUCACCAACUUGAAGGACGAUUUGUCGGCAUCGAUUGGGUCGGUGAUGGACCUUUUGGCCAAGUUGUGUUCCCACGUGGAGGUGCUCGAGGUUAUGAAGACAAGGGCAGACGAAGACGACGAUUCCUCGUUCAAGUCGUUGGUACCAAGGUUGUUUCCGUUCUUGCGUCACUCUAUCACCAAGGUCAGAAAGGCCGUUCUCACGACCCUCAUAGCCUUUAUUUCCAUCGACGACGCCAGUGCCAAGGCCUGGGUUGACGGCAAGAGCUUGAGACUUCUUUUCCAGAACUUGCUUGUGGAGCAGAACACUGAAGUUUUGCAGCUCUCGGUUCAGGUUUACGAAAAGUUGAUGGCCGAGGUGAGGGCCAGUCCGGUUUUAGACAUGGCUACCUUGUUCGCCCCUCAUGCCCAGCCACUACUCAAUUUGCUAAUGACCCCGUUGGGUGUAGCCAGGCACAGUUACCCGAUGAACACCGCUUAUAUCAUGCGCCCGUCCGGUAUCACCUACUCGCCUCUAAAGGAGGAUGACCCCGAUGCCGAGGGCUCCGCCGACAAAGAAUCUGGUCGUCGCGGUCGCAAGAGAAAGACCCCUCCGUCCCCCGAACCAGCGAUUGUGGUCGAAAACGACAAUAAGGUGAAUAUUGAUGCGCCAAUCUUUAAGGGCGACGUCACCUUGGUUGGGGUUGAGGUGUUUGUGCGAACCAAGAUCGCAUCGGCGACUGAGUUUGGGCGCACGCUCGCUUUCUUCCCGCCUGAAGAGUUGGUUACCGUGUUUGGCCUACUCGCGCAGUACUUGGCAGCCCCGCACUCUACCCCACGAAUCCUUUCUGCCUUGAUUAUCGAAGAGUACUGCAGGGCCCUUGGAGAGCAGGGCCUUAGCCCGCCUGCCCUGGCCAGUGAUGCGUUCCUGGAGCUACUUAACACGGUUUUGGCCACCCCCGAGGCCCUUCCGUACUACAGGGAGCUUGUGCCAACGCUUAAGGGUGUUCGUACCCAGUGUCUCCAGCUCUUUUCCACCUUCAUCGAGAGCGGAAAGGUACAACCGGCCAGACUUCCGAUGCUUCCCGUCGUCGUACAAGGUGAGUUGGAGGCCGGUCCGAGUGCGUUCAGCAUUGAGAGUGCCGAAAAGGUUAUCGGGGAUACAUUCACCAAGCUCGUUGCCUCCCUCUCCCCUACCUACCGGAUGGCAUCGAAGCAGCUCCUCGAUGACUGUAAACACAGAAUCUCUCUUGCUAUCGAAGAUGCCAAGGUUGCCCAAACGGAAAGAACAAACGGAAUCUUGGCCUCCUACGCCGCUGCCUACGUUGCUCUCAACGGUUUGCCAAAGAAGCUCAACCCGAUCAUCCGAUCUCUCAUGGAGAGUGUCAAGUGCGAAACCUUGCACCUAUUCCAAGAACGGUCUGCCAAUGCUGUGGCAAACUUGAACGUCGAACUAAUCAAGGCCGGCAAGAGCAACAUUGCCGACAAAAUUGUCAAGAACUUGUGCGGCUUCUUGUGCGUGGACACGUCCGAGGUGCCAGAGUUUGCACCUAACAAGGAGUUUUCGGACGAGAUUUUGUCUCUCCGCAAGGAGGAAGCCAAGACCGAUCCGGUGGACAUUGCGCGCCACGAACGGGAGGUGCUUUUCGCGAGAAUCAAGCGCAACGGUGGCAAGCUCGCACUUGAGAGCAUUUUGAAGUACUAUGGCUCUGAGUUGUUUGACAAGGUGCCACGCCUUAAGGAUGCCAUGUUGGGCCCUCUUGCGUUGCUUCAGAACCAAACUUUUGCUACCUUGAAGGAGGACGAUUUGAAGGGACAGACCGUUGUGGACUCGUUGGGGAUCUUACGGGCGUUGAUCCCGAAGAUCGACAGCCUGUUGCAUGGGGAAAUCACCGCCAAGCUCCCGGAAAUGCUUACCGGGUUGCGUUCCGACUUUUCGGUGUUCCGCUACUCCACCGCUAAGUGUGUCGCUACUCUCUGUGCAACCAUUCCGUCUCGCGUUUUCCCCUUCCUUGUGAACUCUAUCAUUCCUAUGUUGAAUAACGCAGGUGAAGUGAAGGAGCGCCAGGGUGCGAUAGAAUGUGUCUACCACUUGUCAUCUAUUAUGGGGGCUGCCAUUCUCCCGUAUGUGGUCUUUCUCAUAGUACCAGUUAUGGGGCGUAUGAGUGACUCUGAUAAGGAUGUGCGUAUCCUUGCCUCCACCACGUUUGCCUCGAUUAUCAAGCUUGUGCCGUUGGAGGCCGGUAUUCCGGAUCCGCCAGACAUGCCGGAGGACUUAAUGGUGGACAGAGACAAGGAGAGAGAGUUCAUCCAGCAGAUGAUGGACCCUACCAAGAUCAAGCUGUUCGACUUGCCAGUCACCAUUAAGGCCACCUUGCGUAAGUACCAGCAGGAGGGGGUCAACUGGUUGGCGUUCUUGAACAAGUACCGUCUCCACGGGAUUCUCUGUGAUGACAUGGGUCUCGGUAAGACGUUGCAGACGAUUUGUAUUGUGUCCAGCGACCACCACAUUCGAGCUGAGGAGUACGCCAAGACCCUGUCUGUAGAGUUCCGCAAGGUGCCGUCGUUGGUGAUCUGCCCACCAUCCUUAACCGGCCACUGGGAGCAGGAACUCAACCAAUACGCUCCGUUCUUGCAGGUGCUCGUGUACGCUGGCGGUCCGUCCAUUAGAAGCUCGCUCCGUGACGCGGUAACCUCGGCUGACGUUGUGGUCACGUCCUACGACGUUGCCCGUAACGAUAUCGAGUUCAUCAAGAAGCACGACUUCAACUACUGCGUGUUGGAUGAAGGCCAUAUCAUCAAGAACGCGGCUGCAAAGUUAACCAAAGCUGUCAAGAUGGUCAAGGCUGAUCACAGGUUGAUUUUGUCGGGUACGCCUAUCCAAAAUAAUGUCCUCGAGCUCUGGUCGUUGUUCGAUUUUCUCAUGCCGGGAUUUUUGGGGACCGAAAAGAGCUUCCAAGAAAAGUUUGCCAAGCCGAUUGCUGCCAGCCGUAACAGUAAAACAUCUUCGAAGGAGCAAGAGGCCGGUGCUUUGGCGUUGGAAUCGCUCCACAAACAGGUGCUUCCAUUCAUGUUGCGUCGACUCAAGGAGGACGUGUUAUCGGACCUCCCCCCAAAGAUCAUCCAGGAUUACUACUGUGAACUCAGUGAGUUGCAGAAGAAGUUGUACAAAGAUUUUGCCAGAAAGCAAAAGGCAACGGUAGAGGAGGAGGUGAACACAGAGGAGACGGAGGGGAAGACCCACAUUUUCCAGGCGUUGCAGUACAUGCGAAAGUUGUGCAACCACCCGGCGUUGGUGAUGUCUUCCAAGCAUCCACAGUAUACCCAAGUGAACCAGUACUUGAAGGAGACCAAGAUGUCGAUUAGAGACAUCAGACAUGCUCCGAAGUUGACCUCUCUUCAGACCUUGUUGUUGGAAUGUGGGAUCGGUGUUGAAGAAAAGAAGGGCCAGUUGUCUGUUAUUAGUCAGCACCGAGCAUUAAUUUUCUGUCAGUUGAAGGAUAUGUUAGAUAUGGUGGAGAACGACUUGUUCAAGAAACACAUGCCGAAUGUGACAUACAUGAGAUUGGAUGGUAGCACCGAUCCCCGUCAAAGACAAGACAUUGUGAGACAGUUUAAUGGUGAUCCAUCCAUCGAUGUGUUGCUUUUGACCACCAAGGUCGGUGGUUUGGGAUUGAAUCUUACCGGUGCCGAUACCGUCAUCUUUGUGGAGCAUGAUUGGAACCCGAUGAACGAUUUGCAGGCCAUGGACAGAGCCCAUAGAUUAGGACAGAAGAAGGUGGUGAACGUCUACAGAUUGAUUACCAAGGACACCUUGGAGGAGAAAAUCAUGGGUUUACAGAAGUUCAAGAUGAACAUUGCUAGUACGAUUGUCAACCAGCAGAACGCGGGAUUGGCGUCGAUGGACACUAACCAAUUGCUUGACUUAUUUGAUGUGGACGAGGGUUCCGGGUUGGUUGAAGGUAAUGCUGAAGAGAAGGAUGGCGUUGAGGAUACCGGACUCACAGGGAAGGCUGGCGCUGCCGUCGGUGAGUUGGCCGAGUUGUGGGACGAAUCUCAGUACGAAGAGGAGUACAAUCUUGAUAAUUUUAUCAAGACUCUUCAUUAA